AUGGCCCACGGUGAACUCUUGCGCAAUGGGAACUCCACAAUCGCUUCUGCACUAGCGUCGUAUUGCAGCCCUGAGCCCGUGGCUAAGAAUCCAGAAAGAGAUGAUCCUAUCAUGCCAAGGAUAGACAACUCGGUCCUAAGCAUCAGUGAUUCAGUCUUGAGCUGUAUCGGCGCCACUCCGUUGAUCAGAUUGGACAGACUGGCGAAAAAAUACAAUUUGAAAUGCAACCUCUUGGCCAAACUGGAGUACUACAACGCAGGUGGAUCAGUCAAGGAUAGGAUUGCCCUCAGAAUGGUUGUUGAAGCUGAGCGAGAAGGCAUCUUAACCCCAGGGAAAAGUGUCAUAAUAGAACCAACGAGUGGUAAUACGGGGAUCGGACUUGCUCUGGCCGCAGCCGUGAAAAACUAUCGCUGCAUAAUCGUCAUGCCUCAAAAGAUGAGCAGAGAGAAGAUCAACAUGAUGAAAGCGCUCGGGACGGAAAUCGUCAGGACACCUACCGAGGCCGCUUUCGAUAGCUAUGAAAGCCAUCUAUCUGUUGCCGCAAGACUUGAAAAAGCUAUCCCCGGUGGUGUAAUCUUGAAUCAAUAUGGGAAUCGUUUCAAUCCACAGACUCAUUACGAUACAACGGGACUGGAAAUCAUCCAAGCCAUCCAAAACACACCAUCGACUAAAAGUCGACCUUCUAGUGGGAUAGUGGACCUUUUCAUCGCGGGUGCUGGGACUGGAGGGACGAUCAGCGGGGUUUCGCGUCGACUGAAGAAGCACUACGGCGCCGAGCGAGUGAAAUCGAUUGCCGUCGACCCCGUCGGAUCGAUCCUCGCCAAACCGGAAAGCCUCAACGAGGCCGGCGUCCAGAACUAUCAAACUGAAGGCACGGGGUAUGAUUUCGAGCCGGAGGUCUUGGACUACUCGGUUAUCGACCAAUGGAUCAAGGUUUCUGACCCCGAAGCCUUCCAAACCUUGAGGGAAAUGAUCAAGCUAGAAGGUACCCUCUGUGGCGGCUCGAGUGGCCAGGCAGUCUACGGUGCCUUAAAUUACCUCAAACCUGCUAACCAGGAUGAUGGCAGCAGUCCAGGUGAAGGCUGGGAAAAAUACGGCAAAAACAGUGACGUUAAUGUCGUUGUGCUUUGCGCUGAUUCGAUUCGCAACUAUAUCACCAAGGAUUGGCUUAUCGAGGGCACUGAAGAUUCCGAAACCACCGAAGCAGCAUUAGUCUCUCAAGCUCAGAACCAACCUUGA